GCCACGAAUCUGCAGAGGAAGAACCCGCAACGAAAAAAUAUGUUGUACACAAACAUGUCCAUGCGACGUUAUGCGCCUAUCAUCGUCCUGCAGCUGUGCAUCCUCUCGGGCAAGCCGGCGGCGGCCAAGGUCCGGGCGCUCAUCGUGUUCGGCGACUCCACCGUCGACACGGGAAACAACAACUACAUCUCCACGGUCGUCAGGAGCGACUUCGCGCCCUACGGCCGCGACCUGCAGUUGGGGAACGGCCAACCCACGGGCCGCUUCUCCAACGGCCGUCUCACCGUGGACUUCAUCUCCGAGGCGUUCGGCCUGCCACCGCUGGUGCCACCCUACCUCGACCCGAGCGCCAACAUGAGCAGCCUCGCCUCAGGCGCAUGCUUCGCCUCUGCCGGCGCCGGAUACGACAAUGCCACGUCUGAUCUUAUGUCCGUGCUCACGAUUUGGAAGGAACUGGACUACUUCAAGGAGUACGCGGCCAAGCUCAGGAGCUUCCAGGGAGAAGACAAGGCGCGGGAGACGCUCACGGAGGCGCUCUACCUCGUCAGCAUGGGCACCAACGACUUCCUGGAGAACUACUACGCCGUGCCACACGGCAACGCGGCGAAGUACCCCACGGCGGCGGCGUACGGCGACUACGUGCUCGGCGUCGCGGAGUCGUUCGUGCGCGCGCUGCACGCGCUCGGCGCGCGCAAGAUCGACCUAAAUGGGAUGCCGCCCAUGGGCUGCCUCCCGAUGGAGCGCGCCUUGGGCGGCGCGUGCACCGAGGAGUACAACGCCGUCGCGGAGGACUACAACGCCGGCCUCCGCGCGGUGAUCGAGCGGCUCAAUGGCGAGCUCGGCGGCGCCAGGAUCGUCUACGGCGACGUGUACGGCCCCGUCAGCGACGCGCUCGCGCACCCCGCGUCGUACGGGCUGGAGAACGUGGAGGCUGGGUGCUGCGGCGCCACGGGGCGGUUAGAGAUGGGGUACCUGUGCAACGCGCGGAGCCCGCUGACGUGCGCGAACGCCGGCAAGUUCGCCUUCUGGGACGCCAUCCACCCAACGGAGCGCCUCCACCGCGCCCUCGCCGACGCCAAGAUGAACACCACGCUACACGUCUUCCUAUGAUUCGUCCGUCCGCAGUUGUCUGCUCGCACCAAAUCGAAUCAUCAAAUGUGGUCGUUCUUUUUUGCGGUCGUUGGUGUGGCUAGUUCUCAGUUCAAUGAGACUUACAUAAGAAAGAAAAAGGUGUCUGCAAAAAAAAGAAAAAGAAAAAGAAAAAAAACUGAAAAGAAAGACUUA